AUGCGGAGAUCACCCUCUUUCUUAGGUGUUAUAGACAAUGAGGAGUUCCGAACGAAUCCCUCUCGGGCUGCAGCGUUCCGUGCGUUUGCAGGGAAGCUGGCGCCGCGCCACCAGCAGGUGGUGUCGCGGCUGUCGGGGGGCGCGGGGGGCGCGGGGGGCGCGGGGGCGGGGGGCGCGGGGGGCGCGGGGGCGGCAGCGGGGGCGGGGCGCGGGGCGCUGCCGGGGGCGGGGCACGCUCGGGAACUGCUCGCAGCCUGUCUGCGAACCGAGCCGAGAGCCAGGCCCCCGGCGGCGACGCUCCUCAGACACAAAUACUUCACAGUAGACGGCUUUGCUGAUAGUUUCAACGCCGAACUGAGAACAAAGCUCGGCAAAGAUAUCCAGGAUAACAACAGGUCAAGAACGAACAGCACAGCCGCAGAAUCGCUCAUCGAUUACAACUACACUCCGAGUACGGAACCGCAGUUGGAGGCCGCGCCGGCAAGUAACAAACAUUCCUCAGUCAUCACGACCCCAACGUCUGAUAGCGACGAGGCGGUCGUGACGCUGCCAGCUCCGAGGCCAACUAUUCCUCGCUCUUUGGCACGCGUCGUCAAUGAAACCUUCCAGGUCGAUUGGGUUAACAGCAAGCUGGUGAUGGAUGAAGACCUGCUAAGGGGCCGCGUCAACAAAAAGGCGAACAGGAACCACGCACCAGAUUUCUCUUUGCCGUACGUCGCCGGAGCUAGCAACAGCCCUGUCAAGAAGGCGAAGAAGCCUUUUAUUCAGCACAAUGUAAAAUCCUGCGACGCGUGGGACGCAGUACGCUUUAACGGAACAGACGUGAGCCUAAACUCGAAGACCAACCUCCCCUACAUG